AUGCCAGAACCUGAAGAAUAUGAUUUUUAUAUUAAAGAAAUUGUAUAUCUUUUUAAUGGCAAUCUUAAAUGCGUUAUAACUGAUCUUUUACAAGAUAAUGACUUAGAUGGUAUAAAAUGUCAUGGUAUAAUUCAUGGUUAUAAAAUAUAUAAUGUUUCAAGUAAUUACCUUAUUAGUUCAGAUUAUGAUUAUAUAAAAUAUGCAUAUUUUAAUCAGCAGACAGAAAAUAAAUUGAAGAGAUUAGAAGUUAAUAUUCUAAGAAAGAAAGAAAUCAGUUAG